AUGCAGCCUCAGGCAACACCAACAACCGGAGCAAUUAUUCGACCUCCAUCUCCUGAUUUCUCUACAUUAUUACCUGAUGAACUUGAACGAUUAGAAAUUGUUCUACAAAAACAAGCUAUUAUUGAAAAUGAACAAAAUCAACGUUUAUCUGGUUUACGUCGUACAAUGGUUCAUCUUCAACAAACAAUUGAUAGUGAUUAUCAACGACAACGUACAAGUCCAUUAAAUAAUUCAUUUAAUACAUCACCUGUUCAAUUAUCUCAAACAAUUUUAUCGUCAUCUGAUAUAAUACAAUGUUAUAUUUGUUAUUCAAAUAUUGAAAUACAAUCAAAUAAUACACCGUUAUCACCACCUAUAUUAUGUGCUGAUUGUCAUCGACCUAUUUGUCGACGUUGUGGAAAUUAUACGUCACCAGAAUUAAUUGAAAUACAUUAUGGAAAUAAUACUGAAAAUCAAACACAUACAUCAAAAUGGCGUUGUCGAAUGUGUAUUGUACGUCGUGAAGUAGUCAGGAAAUCUGGUUCUUGGAAUGUUAUUGAAGACGAGAUUCCAGCUCAUUCACCAGUACGCUUAUUACAAAAACUAGCGGCUUAUCGAGCACAAACGACUUCAACAUCAACACCUUCAUCUCCAUCUCCAUCGCCACAAAAUGAUCGUAAAUCAACAAUUUUAACUGAAUCAACGAAUUUUUUUGCACGUCUAUGGCGUCCUACGAGUCAUCAGAAUUCACCACCAUCACCACGUUUACUUGAUAUACAUCAAACAGAUUCAUCAUCGUUUGAUCAUAUCCCAGAACCAAGUCCUGCACUUUCUGAUACAUCAUCUAGUUUAUUAACAUCACCGAAAUUAAAUCGUCGUAUAUCAUUCAUACGUGAAGUUACAUCAUCAAAAGGUCCACCGCAAGUAUUUCCAUUUCCACAACCAUUACCUCUACCACCACCUCUACCUUUGCCUCCACCUCCACCACCACCUCCACCACUUCAACCACAACCAACAACAUCAAGUAUAGUAACUGAUCCUUCAUUUGAAGAUACAACAUCGGAACAACCAUGUGAUACAGCUAGUGAAUUUUAUUCUCAAAGUUUUGAAACAAAUAUUGAUAGUAGUAAUCCGGGUAUAGUCGAUGACCAAGAUGAUGAUGAUGAUUUUCAACAAUAUCGUGGAUUAACUUAUGAUGAACGACAUCGUCGUUUAAGCUUAUCAGCAAAACCUGUGAUAUCAUUAGUACAUCAAAAAACCUCAUUACCUAUGGCAAUUCCUACACAACAACGUAGUGAUAGUCUUGCUUCACCAGAAGCAAAUAUUGAUGUUAGUAUGGCAAUGGAUUGUUAUACUACUUCAAUGAUAACAACGCAAGCAAUAAAUAAUAAUACUAUACCGUUAAUAACUGAGAGAAAUUCAACAAUAAUAACAAAUCAUAAUCAUAUUAGACGAAAAAGUCGUUCAGGACUUCGAAAUUCUGAUACAUGGGCACGUAAACGAGCUUUAAUGCAACGUGGUUAUGAAUGGACAACUACAUUUGACAAUGUAGAUGCAGUAAAAGAUAAUGAUCCGUAUAAAAAUUUUAAUAAUACAACAUCAUUAACAGAUUCAUUUCCAUAUUCCGAUCAACAAAAUUCAUCAUCAUCAUUAAUAGCAAUGAUGAAUAGUACUCAAGUUGAUUUUUCAAAUCAUAAUUUUCAAGAUAAUUCAUUACGUCGACGACGUUCUUCUCGACGUUUACCAAGAAUUCCUUCCAAUCAUGUUAUUUCAUCGAUUGAUAAUAAUCUUAAUAAUAAUGAAAUAGAUAUAUCCGAUGAAAUUAUAUAUACAUCAUCAUCUAUGUAUUCAUCAGGUGAUUAUCCAUCUCAACCUGUACGUGAAAAUUCUCUUGGUAAUCGUUCAAAUCGUUCGAAAAGUAUUGAUUCUGAUUCAUCAUUAAAAACUCGUUCAAUACAUACAAAAUUAUUAUAUACACAUCAAUCACCAAAUGCUAAAUCAGUUGAUAUAUCAAAUUUAACACGACAAAAAUCAUUUCUUGUCGUUAAUAAUACUUCAUUAUUACCACAACGUUCACUCGAUUAUCCAUGUAUUGUACGUAAAGCACAAGAUCUAUCGGAUAUUGUUCGAAGACGUAUGUUAUAUUCAAAAAUAUCUAAACAACAACAAGGUGAUAGUUUCUCGAUAAGUCUGGAACGUGAACAUGUACCCAAAGUGCCAAGAAAAAUUAUUAUUAGACAAGAUAACAGUAUUGAAAUUGCAUUGAGUAAACCACCUAAACUUCGACGACAAACUUUAUCUGAAGAUUAUUAUUAUGGUUGUAAUCCUGAUUCAGAAUUUGCUGUAUCACAAAUACCAAAUGCUUCAUCAACACUUGGUAUACCUAUUCCUUCAUCAGCAUCAGGUUUAUCCGGUGGUGAUCGAAGAAAAACAAUUGAAACAUGUGAAAAUAUUUUUUUACAUGCGGAAGAAAGUUCGAAAUUACGUGCACGUACACCACCAUCGAAUCCACAUAGAAUUUUAUUACAUCGUGAUAAAAAUGAUACAUCCAUACGAACAAAUGGUCUUGGAAUGCGUAUUGUAGGUGGACAAGAAUGUGAAGAUGGUAGUCUUGGAUGUUUUGUAACAAAUAUUUUAUAUGGUGGUCCAGCUGAUGUUCAAGGUAAUAUUGAAGUAGGUGAUCAAAUACUUGAAUUUAAUGGACAUUCAUUAAUUGAAUCAACAUAUGAAGAAGUUCGAAUUUUACAAGAUUAUUGUGGUGAUAUUGUACAAUUAGUUGUUCAACAUAAUAAUGUUCGAUUACAAAUUAAUGGUGGUCAAACAUUAUCAUCAAUUGAAAUUUCAAGACAUUUUGAAACAGUACCACGAUUAGCAUCAUCAUUAACACGAAAACGACGAAAUUUACCGCCAUUACCACCAUCAUUUUCAUCAUCAUUUCCUAAACAACAAAAACGUGAAUUAUAUGAAACUGUUGAAACACUUGAAGUACCAAAUGUUAAAGAACUUAAACCAAUUUUAAUUAAUCGUGGAAGACUUCUAGCUCAAAUUUGGCAUGAUGUUGAAGAUAUGAAAUUAGCAUUAACAAUAAUUCAAGCAAGUAAUCUUCCAUUACGAUCGAAUGGUGAUCAACCGUAUACAUUUCUAACUGGUAAAAUGCUUUUUGAAGAUCGUGGUUUUGAUAUGUUUGAAACAAAAGUGAUACAUUCAUCGAAUCCAGUUUAUAAUGAAACAUUCGUUUUUCAUGAAGUUGAAACAGUUGAUGUUCUUCAUCUUGAAGUAUUACUUUGGGAUAAAAAACAAUAUCAAUCAGAUAGACAAACAACGAUUAAUAGUAGUACAGAUGAAACAGAUGAAUUUCUUGGUAUGGUACAAUUACCAUUAAGUGAAGCUAAUCUUGAAGAUGAACCACGUUGGUAUGAAUUACGUGAUCGUCAAACACGUAAACCAUCAACAUCAAGUGUAACAUUUAAAUCAUCAUCAGCUGAAAGUGGUGAUAGUUUUCGUAAAAUGCCACCAUUAUUAUCAUCAUCAGCAGCAGUAGCAACAUCAAAUAAACGUCAAGAACGAACACGAACAUCUACAGAUUUAUUAAUGCGUGCUUUGAAUCGUUCUGCAACAAAUAAAAUUGAUUCAAAUCGAAGAACUUCGACGACAGAAAAAAAAUUACAACGUGCAAGUGCUAAUAAUCCAACAAUACCAUCGAUUGUAAUGACAAGUAUUGAUGAUGAUGAUAUUGAAGAACAACAUUUAAAAGGUACAUCAACAAUAACUGUACAAUCAGUUAAACUUAAACGACGAAUAUCGAAAGGAAUUUUAAAAUUAUUCGAUGUUCAUCCAAGACGUUACAGUGAAACAACACCGAAAACAUCAUCAGAAAGUCCAGCAUCAAGAAAAUUAUCAUCACAAGGACAUACAAAUGUUGAUAGCGAAGAUGAUAUUGAUCAAACAGCUGGUAUUUCAUCUGAUAAUACAACAAAUAGUACGAAUAAAUCACCUCGACAAAGUAUUAUACCACCACCACCAACAAUACAUACUGAAGAACAACAAACAUUGAUACGUCCAAUACCAUUACAACAAAUGCCUAUUGGACAAUUAAUGUUACCUUAUAUACCUUCAUCACGACAUUCAUCCAUAUCUGGUUCAAGAAAAUCUUCCGCAGCAUCCAAUUGUGAAAGUGAUGAUGAUAUUGAUAGAUAUUUCACAUUAUCAGAAUUACACCAACAAGAACAAGAUAAAAUAAAUGAAAAUAAUAAUGUUCAAACACAUACUGUUGGUCCCGGACAAGUUACACCAAGAAAUUAUGAAAAUAUGAUUAAUGAUUACAUAUAUAUGGGACAAAUUCAACUUGGUUUAAUUGUUACCAAAGGAUUAUUAGAAAUAGAUGUUAUUUGUGCCAAAGGACUAGAACGAGUUAUUAUUGAUAAUGAUAAUAAUCAUCAUGCAGCUAGAACUGAUGAUAUUCCACCUGAUACGUAUGUUAAAACAUAUCUUCGAACGGGUACACGUCGAGUACAAAAACGUAAGACAGCUACUAUAAAAGCAAAUUACAAUCCUGAAUAUCAUGCAAAAUUAAAAUAUAAUGCUUGCAAUGUUAUGGGUCGUCGUCUUCAAGUAACAGUAUGGCAACGUGCUGGUAAAUUUGAAAAAAAUCAAUGUAUUGGAGAAGCAUUUAUUCAACUUGAUAAUUUAACAUUAACUCAACAUACUCUAGCUUGGUAUAAAUUAUUCCGAGAAAAAUUAGUUGAAAGCGAGUUUUAUGAUUCAAGUUGA